AAGCCCUAAUUUGGGACCCCUGGAUGCAAAAGUCGGCGGUCUUCUGUUCAAUCAUCACAUGCUGCAGCUCACAGUGAGCCCGUGCAUGGCAUAUCUGCCCAUUCAGUAUAAAUAGUAGUUCGUGACAGGCGGCCAGUCUGCAGUGCACUGCGUUUGCAUGCACGUGCAUGCAAGAGCAAUGGCAGUCACUGGCAACGGUUGCCAGAAGCCAGGAAAUUAUCUGAUCACCCCCGGGGCCGCGCUGCAGCCAUUCGUCAUUGGCAAUGCACCAAAAACCUAAAAAUGUUUGGUCCUGAGGUUUGUCCAUAAGCUAUCAACCAAACCAGUUGCACUCAUAUCUGCAGGUUUCCCAUUUCGUCAUCAAGCCACAUGUUAUUUCACACAACAUGCCAGAAAACAUCAUUGAUGGCUCUCACAGGCUGUGCCAUGUCUAUUCAGUGGCGCACGAUCGGUGCACUACAGCAUGCAUAUAAUACUGCCGACAUCAACAGUGACAUCACAAAUGUGGUGACAGCACCUGGGUGCUUGCAACCGCUAACCACAAUUCACCUCCAUCAAUUUUUCUUGCCAGGAUCCCUCACACUCUGCUUGGUUAUUCUCUCCGUUCCCCUCCAAGACUCUGCACCACCUCUCACUGAGUGAGCCUCACAAAAUAAUAUCAAUGUUUUAACCAAUUCAUCGGACCUCCUAUCCGCUGCUGAGUGGUCCGCACAAAGACUCUUGGAGCCAGCAACCUUUCAAGACACUUCUGAGUCACUCAGAUCCCAUAUGGUACAUGCAGAGAGCUGCUCUUGUGUCAAUAUCUCCUUUUCAAUGCUGAUCAACAUUAAUCCUUGACAAGAAUG